GGAUGGUGUGUAGUAAGUGAAGGGGGCGGAGGAGGGGAGGAGAGCGCAGCUCUGCUACUACGUCAGUGCACAUCACAGGAGCACACAGGACCUUUUUGCUUCAAGUACUCGGGGUGACUCCCUGCACAGCAAAAAAAGAAAAAGAAAAGCGAAUUCCGUUCACCCUGAAACGCGCUGACCUUCCCUCCAAAAGGAUUUGCUCUUUGAGUGAACGGUGGCCGAAGCCCAACAACAGCAGUGCAGUGGAGCAGGGAGCUGUCCGCGGUGCUGAAUUCAUCAGCUAACUGAAAUCCCCAUUGCACACUCAUGUGCUUGGGCCGCUCCUGAUACCUCCCAUUCCUAGCAGCAACAGACCACCACCUCAACGCAUCCAAGAUGGACGACGACGGACGCUACAGAGACAACCGCUCAGACUUCAUCCGCGGCGCCAAGGACAUUGCCAAAGUGGCCAAAAAGCAGGUAGGCAAGAAGGUGGGGCGCGGCAUGGACAAAAUGACCGAUGAGUACACCAAGCGUUCCUAUAAGCGUUUCGAGGAGGAAGACGAUGAAGACUACGCUGGUGUGCCAAGCAACGACGAUGGAUAUUACCGCAACGACAGCCGGGCCAAUGACGAUGAAGGCCACAGCGACUCCACUGAAGGACAUGAUGAGGACGAUGAGAUCUAUGAAGGCGAGUACCAGGGCAUCCCGAGGGCCGACUCAGGCAAGGCUGGCAGCAUGGACGGCGUGACGGACGCCCAGGCGCAGCAGUUCAGGGAUCUGUCGGCUUACGAGGGCGAGAGGAGGAAAGACCAGGAGGAGCUGGCCCAGCAGUACGAGACCAUCCUGCAGGAGUGCGGCCACGGGAAGUUCCAGUGGACACUCUACUUUGUCCUGGGGCUGGCGCUGAUGGCAGAUGGCGUGGAGAUCUUUGUGGUCGGCUUCGUGCUGCCCAGUGCGGAGAAGGACAUGUGUCUAUCCGAGCCCAACAAGGGCAUGCUGGGUCUGAUUGUUUACCUGGGGAUGAUGGUCGGGGCGUUUGUAUGGGGCGGCCUGGCGGAUCGGAUUGGCCGACGGCAGACCCUCCUCAUCUCCCUCUCCAUCAACAGCGUGUUCGCCUUCUUCUCGUCCUUUGUCCAGGGAUACAGCUCUUUCCUGUUCUGCCGCCUGCUCUCUGGCGUGGGCAUUGGUGGCUCCAUCCCCAUUGUGUUUUCCUAUUACUCUGAGUUUCUGGCCCAGGAGAAGCGAGGAGAGCAUCUGAGCUGGCUCUGCAUGUUCUGGAUGAUCGGUGGUAUCUACGCCUCCGCCAUGGCCUGGGCCAUCAUCCCACAUUAUGGCUGGAGCUUCCAGAUGGGCUCGGCCUACCAGUUCCACAGCUGGCGCGUCUUUGUGCUGGUGUGUGCCUUCCCCUCUGUGGCGGCCAUCUCUGCCCUCACCACCAUGCCUGAGAGCCCCCGCUUCUACCUGGAGAAUGGGAAACACGAUGAGGCGUGGAUGAUUCUGAAGCAGGUCCACGACACCAACAUGAGGGCCAAAGGCUACCCAGAGAGGGUUUUCUCUGUGACCACCAUCAAAACAGUGAAGCAGAUGGAUGAACUGAUGAACAUGGGCGAUAACACCGCCUGGCAUGAGAAAUGGAAGCUAAAGCUCUCUGCGCUUUUCCAUCAGGUGUGGCAUAAUUUCCAGGCUGUUUUCUCUCCUGAGUACCGCCGCACCACCUACAUGAUGAUGGCUGUGUGGUUCUCUAUGUCCUUCAGCUACUACGGUCUGACAGUGUGGUUCCCCGAUAUGAUCAAGUACCUGCAGAAGCAGGAGUACUCUUCCCGCACCAAGGUUUUCGUCAAGGAGAAAGUAGAACAUGUCACCUUUAACUUCACCCUGGAAAACCAGGUCCACCGCCAGGGAGAGUACUUCAAUGACAAGUUUAUGAACCUGAGAAUGAGGUCUAUGGUGUUUGAGGACUCGCUGUUUGAGGAGUGUUACUUUGAGGACAUCACCUCCAGCAACACCUUCUUCAAGAACUGCACCUUCAUUGCCAGCAUCUUCCACAACACAGAUCUCUUCAAGUAUAGGUUGGUUAACUGCAGGCUCAUCAACAGCACUUUCAUGAACAACAAAGAGGGCUGCCUGCUAAGUGACGUCAGUGAUGACAACAAUGCCUACAUGGUCUACUUUGUCAGUUUCCUGGGCACCUUGGCUGUGUUGCCGGGCAACAUUGUCUCCGCGCUGCUCAUGGACAAGAUCGGACGGUUGAGGAUGCUAGCGGGUUCCAGUGUGAUAUCUUGCAUCAGCUGUUUCUUCCUGUCCUUUGGCAACAGCGAGUCAGCCAUGAUUGCUCUGCUCUGCCUGUUCGGGGGAAUCAGCAUCGCCUCCUGGAACGCCCUGGAUGUGCUGACUGUCGAGCUCUACCCCUCUGACAAGAGAACCACAGCGUUUGGCUUCCUCAACGCCCUCUGUAAACUAGCGGCUGUGUUGGGCAUAAGCAUCUUCACCUCGUUCGUUGGUAUAACCAAGGCUGUGCCCAUACUCUUUGCCUCGGGGGCACUGGCGGCGGGGAGUUUUCUGGCCCUCAAACUACCAGAGACGCGGGGCCAGGUGCUGCAAUAGUGUGGCGCCAACAACUUUCCGGGGGGCAGAAGAGUUUUCACCACACUGUGAACGAACAGCUCAAGAGCCCUCCAGAUCCUACUCUCUAACCCCUCCCCCCAAGUAAAGUUUGUGCACAUAACACAAGCGACACAGAUGUACUGAGCUGUAAAUACUUGAGAUUGGUGAUUAUUUGAUAGGUACCCCUCCAUGCUAUAUAUAUAUAUAUAUAUAUAUAUAUAUAUAUAUACACAUACAUAAGUGGAGCUGUGACAAAACAUUAUAAUGCCUGAAUAAGCUUUGAGCUGAUUGAGACAAAUUAUUCAUGAUUGCUCAGAACUGGUGCCAAUGAUAACAUGAGGAAAACAUAAUGUUAAGUUAUUCAGUAGGAGCGUGUCAUUUUAUAUCCCUGGAAUACAACAGUACAUUUAGAUUUGCCCCCACCCAAUACAAGUACAUGCACCUGGGGUCGGAGGUCAGGUCAUGGGGGCUCUUGAUAAUGAGCCAUGCAAAUAGACUCAUAGAAAUGACCACUAGCCAUUGUCGCAGAGUUCUCUGUAGUCACCUCCAUUCUUCUGAGCAAAUUCAACUCACCUUUCAAGUCUUAAAUACGUUGCCAUUGUUGGACGUAGAAUCAAGAAUUUGACAUUUUAUGCCUUGAUUUGAAGCAUUUUUGACUUUGCGGGGUAAAACCAAGACACAACCUCUCUUGGCUUUCUCUUUAACAAUGACCUGUCCUCAUUCUUUAUCUCCCAAAGGUCUAGUGUUAGUGUACAGACUGCCAUUUUAUAGAUUAUAGAACAUUCCAGGUUUGCUUUUGUUGUUGUUAGACUGCGAUAAGGAGAUAAAUCAAGUUUUUUCCCUUUAAGACAUAGUUUUUUGAUCACCUCCGAACAUGUCACGGGUCAUCAUUCAAAGAUAAUUCACUGUCAUGAUUGCCAUUUCAUCACAAAGACGAAGCUAAUUCGUUGAAAUUUACAUUUGAAGCACAACCAUUAGCCAAUGUGAAUGUCCCGAACAUUUUCUUGCCUUGAUGAAAAUGUUCAGAAUCUCACUCUCAAUGUUCAUUUUUCAAUCAUACUGUAUAUCCCUUUGUAAGAAAUGCCUUUUUAGUACCUCUCCUCCCAGACUUACAGUGUGCCGGUCUCUUAUAAGAUAUGUUUUGGAGGGUGUUAUGCAUGUCACAAAGUAUGUAUGUAACUUUAUGAAAAUUGAGAGUAUACAACAUGUAGCCUAAACAGCAUUUUUGGACAUGUUACAUCUGCUCAUUGAUUGGUCGGGCCUACCUUGCCAUAAUAUUUAGAUCUUUCUGACCGAUAAAAGACAGUGCUUUUAUGCUGCUGUUGCUAACAGUGAGGAGUCUUACCCCACUCUCCUUAGAGCACACUGCACAACUUAAAUGAAAAUAUUCCUUUUAUUCACUUAAACCAUACUAUUACAUGUGAAAGCAAUCAAAAGCAUAAAAAAAAGAAAAGUUACACUGAAAGGCUACACUUUUAGUUUUGAUGGUUUUGUUGCAGGCGCAAAGUGUGUUAAGUGUGUAAGAGAUGACAGAUAAACUAUAAUCUAAUUCCUUGUAUGAACUGAAUGUUUAUAUUAAUGUGAGUGUGCUUCUUAGUGCAAUAUUGAACCUCUGCAAUAUUGAGAUUUUAUUUUAUUUUAUUUUAUUUAUUUAUUUGUGUUUAUUACCAUUUCACAUUUGGCAAACUCUAUCUUAUUGGUUAAUGGAUGUGGGGUAGUUGUCUUAUAUAGAUAACUGAACAUGGUGGGAUAUCAUACUGAACAUGCUCAACCUGUUUUUGCUCUUGGAUCAAGAAAGUGUGAAAGAAAUUCUGCACCCACAGUAAACACAGCAGAGUUUGCUCUAUUUUAUGUUUUCCUCAUUUGGGCACAGAACACGUUGAACAGUGAGGAUUAAUCGGAGUUGAGAAGGAUUAUUCUGCUAAUGAGGGGUAUGAAUUUGGAGUGCACUGGGACCUCGUGUUUACUUGUGCUUCAUUAUACAAACGUAGCUAGAUACAACAUGAGAUUCACCUUAGAGAACUCACUGCCAAGGGCUGAUUGUCAUAUAUCCCACACAGGUAACAGCACAGAGUGUUGGUGAGAAUUAUUGCCACAUUCCCCUGAUCUAGAAAAGUAAGAGUGAUAUGUUCACAAUUGCAUGGCAAAAGAAAAGAAAAGAACAAACAAUCAUUGACAUGUCAGAUUAAUAAAAAAAAAAAGUUUUUGUCCAAACUGCCAUUUUGUAGGAUAGCAGCCAUACGUAGACUCAAGACAGUUGAAAAAAUAGACAACCCAUUGCACUAAGUGUACACUGUCGUACAUGCACAAUUGUGAAUGCCUUGAGUUCUUCAAGGCACGUCCUGAUGCAGCCUUGCUAGAAAUUUAAUGAAAAACCAGGGGAGUGUUUAGCAAGCGCACAAAGACCAAAACCUACCAAAUGACAAUAUUGUGAACAUGAGUGCAGUUGUGAACAUAGGUGCUUCGAGCUUUGAUGACUUGCCCCUUACAUUUCACCUCUCAAACUAUCUCACACUAAUCUAAUUUCAAAUUUGACAUCUGACCCAUUAUCUAUGAGUGUGCCAUGGGUACCACCUCUCAUUAAUUAUUGCCAAAUAUUUUGUAUGGCCUGAGUUUACACAUUACACCAUCAAUUCUCUGUUAUAGAUAUGAAUAUAUGUAAAUAAAAAUAACAUAAUGUAACUAAUAAGAUAGCUCUUCAAACCUUCUGACCCCUGGAAAUAUAUUAUAUUGCAGUCUGUCUUUGUAGGUUUUCAGCCAUUGGUCAUGUUAAACAAGAAGAACUGGACUUAUUGCUGUAUGUGGUAAUUAAGAUUUUAUUUUCACAACUCAUCUGAGAACUUGUCUUUAGGAGUCCAGGUGCUCUUGUUUUAAAACUGCGAGAAAUAAUGGCUUCAGAAGCCGAACUUGCCAGCAAGUCAGAAAGCAAAAUUUGCCCAGAUUCCCUCGUAAAAGCACACUGAUAGUAUAUAAAUGCACAUUAACUGUACAAAUAUAAAAGCUAAGCAUCAGCAGUUCUAUUCUCUGUAUGUUGUCCUGUAUCACCCAUGGAAAUAAGAACAACGAUGUCAAGAAAACUGUUGUAUUUGUUCAACAUGGAAUGCUGUUAAAAUGCUAACCUGUCUCAGUGACUCAAUUCAGGCUCCGUCCAAGUCAAGAUUGUCUCUGGUAGAUACAUAUCUUAGCUUAUGUUACAGGGUUUUUUUUGUAUAAUUAACUUGUUGCCUGAGCAACCGGCAGUUGUGAGUGCAAAAAGUUAACAAAGCAAUAAGUGUUUGGGUAAUUGUCUCUAAUUCUCUCCUUUGAAGCUAUUGGGAAUUGGAGGGCAUUACUAUACGCUGGCCUCGUCCACUAAAAUGCUGAAUGUUGGCUUAGUAAUGACACAGGACUAAACAGCUAACAUUCGUGUGUACUCUCUAAAACAACCCUAGGUCUUGAGGCUUUUGUCAAUAAGAUUUCAUCGCCAUUAAAUAAAUGUAACAAAAAAAUUAUCACCUUGGUCAUUGUACUGUGCUGUAGAAACUGUAGUUGAUUGUUUGUAAGUAUAGAAACUGUCUGUGGAACCAUAAAUAUAAAAAAAAGUUAUAAAAAAGAAGUGUAAAUGAACAAUGAUGUAUGUUGUCUUUGAUUUUGUGCAUUUUGUAAAUGAGAAUGAAAUAUAAGUAAAUACCUUAAUGUUAAAUACCAGUUAUGAAUCAUAGGUAGCCUAAAUGUGACAACAUCAGUUCUGUUUAAAGGUGUGUGAGAUUUUUUCUUAUAUUUUCGCAUUGUUGAUUUUUGAUUGGGUUUGCACUAGGUGGUGCAACUGACCCUUUGGAAUCACAAUGGAUAACAAAGAACCAUGACGAAUAAACAAGUGGAAAAAAAUAUAA